UGGAGCACUUCAGUAUUUCUAGCCCCCGUCGCUGUUGCCCCCGUUUAACCAGCACCGCACCUCCUCUUGACAAUAACAUAAACCGCUCUCAACCCCUCUUUUUGCAGUCGAGAUGACGACUCCUUCGACUAUACAACAGCAAUCACAGGGGUCUGCAGUGCUAAGACUUCAAGGCCGAAAGCGGCCUCAAGGUGUGCGAAAGGCACGACCACGAGGAGUUCCCCGCCGGAGUGCACGCCUAAAAGAGAUAUAUCAUCAUCGGGGGAAAGCUGUAUCGGACAGCAGAACCGCUGUCCAGGGCCCCCUUUGCACAAAUUCCAAGAAACAGUUUCUACAAAAGCCGCCCGACCCUCUUCAACCUGACUCUCGAAAACGGAAGCGACCACAAGAAGCUGAGGACUCACCCUGCCUUCCAGCCGAAUCUUUCCAAAAGCGGCCGCGAACAUCUCUUUCAUGCCCCGCUGAUGCGAGGUUGCCCGUUGAGGAUACUCCCGCUCAGGAGGCUACAGAAUACAAAGAUAAGAUUAACUUAAUCAACUGCUGGAGGAAGGAAGGUGCCUGGCCGAGAGAAUACUUUGAACAGGGGCAUGACAUGAGUCAACUACUUGCGAGAAAGAAAUCGACAUCUUCACUUCAUCACAAACAAUUGGAAUCUACUCUCACCAGCUCUACUACCCCUAGCAAUCAGAAGCCAAGGGAGGAAAAAAGCUCUCAAUACAAGAACCCACGCUAUGAAGUCCUGCUAGAAAUUAAAGGCAGCUAUAUGAGUGAAUCAAAGCAGGGUAUCACAGAAGUCAGCAAAAGUUGUUACCAAACUUUGCUCAAUGCUGCACAAAAGAUUCCUGAAAACUCAUUGUUCCGUGAUGAUCUGUUCAAAGCAACCUGUGAGAAGGUGCGACGCCGAAAUGAGGCCAUCAUUAUCCAAGAUAUCACUCGAUUGAUUGUCCCCUCCGCGGAAAAUCUAGCUAUAUAUGGUGCAACACAUCUCGAUCAUCUGGUCGAAAGCGUCAAUGAAGGCUGGGAUAAUUCAAUCCCUGUUACAAAAACUCGACCGCAGCCUGAUUAUUCCGUGGGAUUUAAACGAGAUGCUUUCACAGAUGGCCAGCUGCGGAGGCUUCGGGAUUUUGUUGGUGAGCUGACUGACACAUCAUACUUUAUGGCGACAUACUACCUAUACUUCCCAUUCUUAACAUGUGAAGUUAAGUGUGGUGCAGCGUCACUUGACAUCGCAGAUCGACAGAAUGCCCACAGCGCCACUAUUGCAGUGAGAGCUACUGUUGAGUUAUUCAAGCUCGUGAAGCGUGAAAAGGAGGUUGACCGGGAGAUACUCGCCUUCUCAAUCUCGCAUGACCACACAGCGGUGAGGAUCUAUGGUCACUAUGCUGUUCUUGAAGGAGAGAAGACGAAUUUUUACCGCCACCCGAUUCACAAGUUCGAUUUCACUGCUCUGGAUGGCAAAGAGAAAUGGACAGCAUACAAGUUCACAAGGAAUGUUUAUGAUAUAUGGAUGCCAACUCAUUUUAAAAGAAUAUGCUCAGCGAUUGACCAUAUCCCCUCUGAUUUGGAUUUUGAGAUCUCACAGUCAGAACUUCAAUACUCCGAACAAUCCAACGCCGAGUCAGUGCUCACAAUCAAUGAUGAUGACAGCCAACCAAGUCAGCUGGGCUAUAUUGACUCCACAGAUGUUACACCAACCACUUCUUUCACUGAACAAACUCAAGUAUUCAAAAAGCCAAGGAAGUAGAUUUUGUAAGCCCCUGGUAUGCUAGCGGGACUAGAUAUAUGCAUCCGCACACUUCGGUUGGGGAUCACUGCUCAAAGAGAACACCCGUGUCAAAGGAAGCCCUCCAAGGAGCAUUAGGAGGUAGGAAUGUAAGACCCUCGCUGAUAUCCAGUGUGUACACUAGUGAAACUAAAUAUCUAUAAAUGAUUCCUUUCUUUCCCCAGCUUAGUGUAGUUUCAUAGUUGGUAUUCAAUAGAAUGAGCACUUCUACAGAUGUUGCAA